AUGAAAGCUACAAGAAGGCCUCAUGGAUUCCGCUUUAACGUCUCGACUGGCUACGCAGCGUGUCGCGCAGCGUCUAAACGAUGGAGCUCUAUCUCCCAGAGACCUGGAUCCGACCAUGUGCACUUUCCCGGUGCGGUCAACAGCAAAUUUACUUCCGAGAUGAUCUUCCAGAGACCUUCUACCCACCCUACGAUCCCAACGUACCGCGUCAUGGACUCAGACGGCAAUGUUGUUGACAAUACCAGGGAUCCUCAAUCUGCGCCAGACUCAGAAAUCCUGAAUUGGUACAGAAAUAUGCUCACCGUCAGCGUCAUGGACCGGAUAAUGUAUGACGCUCAACGACAGGGCCGCAUCAGCUUCUACAUGGUCUCUGCUGGGGAGGAAGGAAUCGCUGUCGGAUCUGCAUCUGCGUUGACGUCGGAUGAUGUCGUAUUUGCGCAAUAUCGAGAAACAGGGGUAUUUGCGCAGAGGGGGUUUACAUUGAAGGAUUUCAUGAGUCAACUGUUUGCUAACAAGAAUGAUGCGGGAAGAGGGAGAAACAUGCCAGUACACUAUGGUAGUGCAAAGCUGAAUAUACAUACCAUCUCCAGCACGCUUGCGACGCAAAUCCCACAAGCGAGCGGCGCAGCAUACGCGCUCAAGAUGCAGGCCUUACAAAACCCUAACAUACCCCAGAGAGUAGUGGCAUGCUAUUUCGGCGAAGGAGCAGCCAGCGAAGGUGACUUUCACGCCGCUCUCAAUAUUGCAGCAACGCGCGGCUGUCCCGUCAUCUUCAUCUGCCGUAACAACGGCUUCGCCAUCUCCACCCCAACCUUAGAGCAAUACCGCGGUGACGGCAUUGCCAGCCGCGGCAUCGGCUACGGCAUCGACACCAUCCGCGUCGACGGCAACGACAUCUUCGCUGUGCGUGAAGCUACUCUAGCAGCGCGGAACAUGGCCCUCCAAGACGGCGGUCGUCCCAUCCUCAUCGAAGCAAUGAGCUACCGCGUCAGCCACCACAGCACCAGCGACGAUAGCUUCGCCUACCGCGCCCGGGUUGAAGUCGAGGAGUGGAAACGGCGCGACAAUCCAAUCUCGCGGUUGAGGAAAUGGAUGGAGAAGAAGGGGUUGUGGAACGAGCAGAUGGAGAGUGAGGCCAGGACGGAGAUCCGUAAGCAGGUCCUGCAGGAGUUAUCUGCUGCGCAGAAGGAAAAGAAACCACCCCUGAGGGCUUUGUUCGAGGACGUGUACGAGGAGAUUACGCCGGAGGCGGCAGCGCAGAUGAAGGAGCUGAAGAGGAUGAUCGACACGUAUCCGGACGAAUACGAUGUCUCUGGAUUCGAGGGCGGUGUCAAGAGCUUAGAGUGA